GACGACGCCGCGGAUGCUACUACGGCAUUGGGACUUGUGGCAACCGUCCGGAGGAUCGCAGACUUCCUGACGCAGACGUGCGCUUUGGAGAAGACGCUGUUCCAGGAGGAGCUUCAGGGUCUCAAGUGUGGAUGGACAAUGUGGCAGCUUCUUCGCGAACUCGAGAACAGCGGAGCCACUCCCGAGGCACGCUUGCAACGGGACGCAAAGGGUGCCAGGUUGGACAAUGUGAUAUCGGCUACAAGGCAACUUCGAGUUUCUGUGAGCAAGAUUGAGCAGGUGCACAAAGAGAUCGACGAGCUCUCCGAGGAGCAGCGCAACUUCUUCUUUAAGGACAUGUGGAUGAACUCGUCUAGCUACUUGAGCAGCUUGGAAGGGUUGCUGAAUGAUGAGCUCUUCCACGGCAUGGUGAUCGCCCGCGGUCGUCUCAUGUGUGCAGAGAUGAAGACGAAGCUCGCAGCCAUUUGUGAGAUGACCAUGAACUUGCACACCGAAGUGAAAUCGUGGAAGAAAAACCUCGACGAGACCAGCUCCUUGGAAGACAUCAGCCAGGAGGCCGUGAAAUCGGGGAUCAACAGCCUCGAUGCCGAUACCAUCGAUACGCAAGUCCUUGUCGUGGAGAAGGCUCCGAUGGAAGCUGAGCACCUGCAGAACUUCAUCAGCAAGGUUGGUGCCUUGGCAGACUUGAAGCCCUUGGAGAAGGACCUCCAAGCUGCUAGAGCCGAGUGCAAAGCCAUCAAGGUCCUGCUGUGCGAAGGGCUCUUUGUUGUCGCGAUAGGCACCCCAGGCAAUGCCUUGAGAGAUGCGGUCACCUCGUCGCUCGAAGAGAUCGCCGCAAAGAAGAUUCCAGAGUCAGAUGUUCAGCCAGCCUUGCUGGCAAAGGCCCGCGACCUCAAGGAGGCACAGGCUGCUUCCAACGCC